UCCGGCGUGUCGCUGGCGGCUGAGGAGCGAGAGCGGAGGGCUGAGGGGGAGCCGUCGCUUUACGCCGUCGUUGGUCAAGGCUGCUGGUGCUGCCGCCCAGUCCGGCAAUUGAUCUCCCACAAUGUCAUUCAUAUUUGAAUGGAUCUACAAUGGCUUCAGCAGUGUUCUGCAGUUUCUAGGAUUAUACAAGAAGUCUGGAAAGUUAGUUUUCUUGGGUUUGGAUAAUGCAGGCAAAACCACUCUUCUGCACAUGCUUAAGGACGACAGGUUGGGUCAGCAUGUGCCUACCCUGCAUCCAACAUCAGAAGAACUGACAAUUGCAGGAAUGACUUUCACAACUUUUGAUCUCGGUGGCCAUGAACAAGCUCGGCGUGUUUGGAAGAAUUAUCUACCAGCGAUUAAUGGGAUUGUCUUUUUAGUGGACUGCGCAGAUCAUGCACGUCUUUUGGAGUCCAAAGUGGAGCUUAAUGCACUAAUGACUGAUGAAACAAUAUCAAAUGUGCCAAUUCUUAUCUUGGGUAACAAAAUUGACAGACCAGAAGCUAUCAGUGAGGAGAAGCUGCGAGAGAUUUUUGGGCUUUACGGGCAGACCACAGGAAAGGGGAAUGUGCCACAGAAGGACUUGAACACACGUCCCAUGGAAGUGUUCAUGUGCAGUGUACUGAAGAGGCAAGGCUACGGUGAAGGUUUUCGUUGGCUAUCACAGUAUAUUGACUGAUAUUUGGAGAGAAAUCUGCUCCUGGACUGAUCCUGUUCACAGCUUCCUUAUGGACUUUUCUAUUAGAACAUGGAAGGCUCUCCAACCACAUACUGGCAAUGACUGAGAGACUCCUGUCUUCACUUACCCUAUAUCACAGUGGUGACACAAUUCUUUUCCCUUUGUCUGGGAGAUAACAUUCUACACACUGGUGCAGGUUGUUGUCACUUCCAGUUGCCAUUGUUUCCCAUGGAAACCAUGGCUUUCAGUUACAAUGGGGCUGGUGAGUUGGAAUGCAGAACUGCACACAGCACUCUUAAUGGCUGGAAAAGAGAACCUGUCUCACCACUGUGGCCAAUUGACUUUGGAAAAAGCAGCUCUAUUUUUUAAAGAAAGUGUUUAAUGUAAACGGUGUCCCUUUAGAUUUCUUAAGUUAGCAUUCAUCUUGUUUGGGCCAGAAUUCGAUAGGGUUUUUAUUAAUCUAUUUAAAUGUUGUUUAGAUAGAGAGAUCCCAAAUUACUGAACCAGCUAUCAUGAUAUUAAUCAUCCUUAGUGAACAGAAAGAUGGGCUCAGUUGCCCUGUAAGAUGGUUGUGCUGUCACACUGUUUGAUCAUGAAGAUGGUGCUGUUGGGACUGACUUGUGCAAUGAUUUGUUUUCUUUAAUUUACAGGGGUUUUAGUUGGGGAGGGAAAUGGAACGCACAUGCAGACACACUUGUUCUAGCUUUCCAUGUCAUUAUGCAUAGGAGUCUGAAAUGCAGUUAAUCACCUUAGCCCACCUCUCAAAGUUACCACCACUUCCUUUGUCAGCAGUCUUCUUAUCCCCCUUCUCUGCAGCAGCAGUGGAACAGUUGUCUCAGGCUUGUGAUAUGGCUUGUUCUACAUUGCAGGCAACUGCUGGAAAAAAAUGCAGUAGAAAUCAUGAAUUUAUUUUGUUGGGUUACUGUAGCAUUAAAUUUUUUCCACCAAAUGCAUAUCAUAAUGCUGUUAAUGUAAACUAACCCUGUUUCUUUUAUAUUCAACAGAGCUUGUGUUUGAAAUUUCAUUAUUUGCCUAGACAUCUUCAUUUUCCAUUUUAAAGAAACCACAAGUAUACAUCAUUCUCCUUUAAAGGAGUAUGAUGGGGCUUUAGCAGAAAUUAUUUUAGUGCUCGCUGGCAGUGUCUUUCACUGAUAGAUGCAAGGGAUUGGUGGCUUAGAGUCUGAAAACUCUUGAGGUGACUUGUGUGCUAAAUUUUGUUACAGAAGAUGAAAUGCAAAGGGCAAAACACCAGAAGAACUCUUGCUUUUGUGCCAUAGGCACUUUUUUAUGCUGAAAGGUGCAUUCUUUUGCUAGGACUUCAGUAGGUUAACUUGAUAGUUAGUUCCUGUGAUCUAGCACCUUUUGUCUCUGCAUCAAAAUCUUUGAAAGGGAAAUAAGUCCUUAACAUAACCAUUAAUAGUUUGAAAUUCCAGAGUUUCUUGUGCUGGUGGUGUGAAAAUCGUUUUGUUUUUUUAAAAAACUUCUGAGUUUUGUCACAUUCACUCAGCGCUUGGGCAUGUAAAAAUGUGUUGCUCCUUUACCCAAACACUUAAUGGAUUCCACUGAAGCAUGUAAUGCAGCUGUAAAGACAGGAGAAUUUACACUCUCUAUGCCAGCAAGAGGAAUGGAAUGUAUUGCUAACAUGGUACACUUAAAUUGCACCGUUUGAUGCAUCUGACUUGUAAAGCUUAAUACAGUUGGGGUACUCCCAGGGUAGUUUAAGCUGAAUCGUCAUUAGAAAGAAGCGUGCGACAGUAAACUCUUCCUGAAAAGCAUAACUAGAAGUCUGAUCAGGAUCAGGAAGGCUCUCUUUCCACUUACAGAAUACUUGUAAUUCUUGACCUAUUUGCAGUGUCUUCACCAAAAAUGGCUGCAUAUAGCAUCAUCAUUGAGUUCUCUUUUAAUCUUGUCUCUGUGAAGCCUUUUGAUUUUACAGAAGCUUUUCAAUCUGUAAAUAUCUCCCCAGGCCACCGUGCCUAUGACUGUGUGGCCAAGGAGGUGUAGAGAACCACGUCAAAAUACAGUGGUCAUGCAAACACACUUCACUUUAACCGAUCAGUUACUACAUUAUUUGAAUCUCCGGUAUUGACCACCUAGAGUUCUGUUGGCUGUUACAUUCAAGGAAUGCUAAUGGAAUUGUUCUUGAAACAAUAUGCGACCUGGUAACCCCUUACCUGAAGUGACAUACUCCAGUUCCAUGCUUAAAGGGAAGACCCCAGUAAACAGAGCUAUAAAAUUUGUGCCUGGUAGAGGCAUAGUUUUCUAUGAAGGUGGUGUCUCAGCCACUGGAGAAAGUAUUUGUGAAUAGCUCUGACCUUUUCCCCCUCCGCCUUGCCAUGUAUUGUCAUUAGACAACUCUUAACUCCUUGCAAUGUAUGGAUAUAAAGUUUAAUAUAUACUUUAGAAACUGGAUUACAGAUUGGAAGGCGAGAGAACAUGUCAUUCUGUUAGCAAAAUGUUUUAACUUCCCAUUUCUGGAAACGUGAAACAUGUUUGCAGAGAAGGUUUGUCUGUAUCCAAAACAUUUUAAUAAAGUUUUUUUUAAAAAAAAAAACAACAAGAACAACCCA